GAGACACAGAAUCCGAAGCAGGCUCCGGGCUCCGGGCUGUCAGCACAGAGCCCGACCCGGGGCUCGAACCCACAAACAGCGAGAUCACGACCUGCGCUGAAGUCGAGGCUUAACCGACUGAGCCAGCCAGGCGCCCCAUUGUUUCUGUAGGCCUUUGGGCUUCACAGGAGGGCAGUGUGCAGUGGACAGAGGGAACCCAGAAACACCCUGGAUCCCCAGCGAGCCAGACGCAGGCCGUGCCGGCUGCAGAAGCCCUCCCACGAGCCCCCUGGGAAAAUGUGGGAAGACGUUGCCCUGACCAGAGCACCCAGGAAGGGCUCCCAUGGUUCAUUGCUCGCACGUGGAGAACGCUCUGGGGUCCCUCCCGGGAAGAUCCGAGCCUCUGCUGAAUUCCACAUUCCCCGUCGACGCACCCCGAGGUGAUUCCGGAACCGUCACCUUUUUAGGCCUCUCCGUGUUGACUUCCCUUUAUCGCCAUUGCCAACGGCUGGCGUGUUCCACAAGGUAAAGAAGUUCUUCGGUUGCUGAAAUCACUCCGGGAGAAUUCGAAGUCCCCAGCGAGGGGGUGGAGACUGAGCUCAGGGGCCGGUGGCCACUUACCAGACAGAAGUCCCAGCCCCGUCCCUGCCGGCCACCCUCCUUCUCAUGAAGGACGCUCAGUGUCCACACCAGGCUUCCACCCUCCCCGCUGCUGGAGGUGCGGUGACUUUUGAACUUGGGGAGUUUGGAAAGGAUAGCGCGGAAGGCUUCCCUCAGCCCUGUCCUCUUCGCCAGGAAAGGGAGCUGCCCGCGGCCCUUGGGGUUGCCUUUGCCUCCGUAGAUAAAGCAUCCAGUUCUGCGGUUUAGCGAACGGGGUCAUGUGUGGCCCCUUAAUUUCUUACCAUCCUCAGAACCAGAGAGGAUAAGGGGACAGGUGGGGAGGGCAGGGGUGCUUUUUUCUCUUCCGAUGACGCUGAGCACCAGAAAACUGAGGUCGGCCAGAAAUGCCACGGAAGUUUAGAGGAGGGGCGGGCAGUUCCAAGCACCUGCUACGUUAAGACACCGUCAUCGUGGUGGGGCCCUGGUUGGGCCUUUCCCACAAGCAGGCGGGUUUCAUGGGCCACCUCACCUGACCCUCCCAUAGAUGGAGGUGUUGUUCUUACCUCCGUUUGCAGAUGAGGAAGCCAAGCACCAUUCCAGCUGCCUGGACCCAGGAGUCCAGUCUUUCUAAGCAGAAAAGGAUGUCCUCACGGGGAAGCUGGGCCUCACUGCGGACGGGGUGCAGACCAGCAGAGAGGGGAGAGGGUGAGACUGCCCGAGGCAUGUCUGGACCAGUGAGUCCCCCGUGAGGCUUGAAUGGGAGACUUGGGGCAGAAAGAGGGUCCCCAGAAACGCAGCAGGAAGCCUUGGAGUUAGGCAAGGCCUCUGGCAUUUUCUAACCCAGCCUCUCACUUGUGGAGAGAGUUUUCCUUAUUCUCUGGUCCCCGUGGCUGUGGUCCCUGGCCCCCGGGAGCUGCCCUCGCAGGGCUGAAUCAGAAGGCCCCUCAGGCCAUGCUUCCCCAGCUCCAUCAGGGGGCUCCCAGGAUGGUCCCCCUUGUGGGACAGGUUGCAGAGACUUCUUGUUCUCUGGGGCAGAAAUCUGCCUCGUGGCAGCCUCUCCCCACCCGGGGAUGCCCCACAGAGCCCAAGGGAAAGGCCGACUCUAUCAUAAUAGAGCACAACUUCCUAUCUCUUUCUUCCUACCAGACCUUUCCGGUUUCUCUAACUCUUCUCUGGCAAGGCUUCUGCUGACCCCCCUGACACUGAAGCCUGGCUACCAAGCUGGCUCAAACUCGAGCCUCCGGGAUGUCCAUGAGCCCUCCCGACAGACUCCUUCCUUUCUCCCCCCAUCUUUUCUUUGCCAUUGGCAGUGUGUGUCACAGUCCCGCCUACAUAAGAGAUGUUUGAUAGACGCUUGGCGAACUGCUUUGACGUCGUCCACGUGGCCAGUUUGUCAAAGGUCACGCCUCUAAGGUCAGAGCUCUUCCCACAAAUGUUGGGUGAUGCCUGCGCUGUGCCCAGCGUCGCGACGGGCGCCCCGGACCCAUCAGCACAUAGAGCCCGCACACGUGUCACGGUGGUCGCCUAGCCACAGCUCGUGUUUGCUCAGCCCUGUAUAUCCUACAGAGUCUUUCUUCCGUAUUUAUCUUAGUCGAUUCCAUGGCAACCUGAUGAUUUACAGGUGAGAAGGCUGAGGUCCAGCACGAUCUGCUGAUGAAGGUUAUGGAGCUAUUCGGUCACACGGAAAGGCACUUCUCGGGUCUUCUGGGGACGUCUAACCCUGCGCUCCACCUCGACUCAUCAAGGUCUCCUCUAGAGCGCUGGGAAAUAACUAGGUUAUCCCGCGGUCCUCACAUCUUGCCUUCGCGGGAAAGUUCUGAUUUAAUUUAAAAACUCCCUUUGGUAUUGAAGUAUAAUUGACGUACAACGUUAUAUCCGUUGCAGGUGCACAGCCUAGUGAUUCGAACUACCUUCCCUACCUUAUUUCAUGCUCACCACGAUAAACGUAGUUACCGUCUGCCACUCGAUUUUACUUUUUGCCCUGCCCCCUACCCCGGGUCAAAGCAAUGUUUAUUCAAGAAUUAUCUGCCCCCCUCCAAAAAGAGAAAGAGAGAGAGAGAGAGAGAGAGAGGACAAUGCCAAGAGAAUGCAGAACCCCGAAACGGCUGCUGAACAUCAGCAGUGUUCAUCUCAAAGAUUACUCAACUGAGGGUUUAGUAUGUAAUUCCAACAGCAGAAAAGAAGAACUGUACUGAACUUGAUAACUUUCUGAAAACUUGCAGAGCAGCGAGCCUGUUUAAAAGGGGAAGCCGUCUUGUGUCCUACCUUCCCAAUGCCUCUGAUCAGACGGCUUCUCCAUUUCAUGCGUGGCAAGACCUAAGCUGUCCCCGGGUGCAUAAAGGACUUUGCUAAAGUCACAGUCAUCCACACUUGGCCUUUUGUACCUCAUCAGUCAGCAUGCCCACGGCUGGGCCCAUCGUGUGUUCGCCGUGCCUUCAUAAAUUCUCAACUACUGAGGACAUGACCGCUCCAAGUUAGCCAUUUCGCGUGUAUCGAUGUUGACUUCGUAAGAAACAAGCCAUCACCUACUACUGCCCAGAAUAUAUACAUCGCUGAACACUUUCUGGAAGCAAUUUGACAAAACGCAUCAAGAGACUUAGAAAACAGGUGGAUGGAUACCUCUGGCUCCUUCAACUCAUCUUUACCAGGGACAAUGGAGGCUUUGAUGGCCGGAACUGAGACGGUGACAGCGGAUGCGUCUGUCAGGACCACACUGUUCGACUAUGAGUUCUCGCUGCCAUGUGAAAAAAUCAACGUCAAGGAGCUGGGGUCCCGCCUCUUGCCCCCACUGUAUUCCCUGGUGUUCGUGGUUGGUCUGCUGGGCAACGCGAUGGUGGUGGUGAUCCUCACAAAAUACAGGAGGCUCCGGAUCAUGACCAACAUCUUCCUGCUCAAUUUGGCCAUUUCUGACUUGCUCUUCCUGUUCACUCUGCUGUUCUGGAUUCACUACAGCAGGUCGAACGAGUGGGUGUUCGGCCACUUCAUGUGUAAGCUCCUCUCCGGGCUUUACUACAUGGGCUUGUACAGCGAGAUUUUCUUCAUCAUCCUGCUGACCAUAGACCGGUACCUGGCCAUCGUCCACGCCGUGUUCGCCCUGCGGACCCGGACCGUCACUUUCGGUAUCAUCAUGAGCGUCCUCACCUGGGGCCUGGCAGGGAUAGCGGCCCUCCCUGAAUUUGUCUUCCAUCAGUCCCAAAAUGAUGCUGAACAGUACAUCUGUUUGCCUCUUUAUCCAGGAGGCCAAGAGGAUAACUGGAAGCGUUUCCAUGCUCUGAGCAUGAACAUCCUCAGUCUGGCCCUGCCUCUGCUCAUCAUGGCCGUCUGCUACGCGGGAAUUAUUAGGACACUGCUGAGAUGCCCCAAUAAAACCAAGUACAAGGCCAUCCGGCUCAUUUUUGUCAUCAUGGUGGUCUUUUUCAUGUUCUGGACCCCCUACAACCUGGUCCUCCUUCUCUCUGCUUUCCAAACGAUCUUCUUUGAGGUCAGUUGUGAGCAGAGCAAAUGGCUCGAUGUGGCCAUGCAGGUGACAGAGGUGAUAGCCUACACGCACUGCUGCGUUAACCCCGUCAUCUACGCCUUCGUGGGGGAGAGGUUCCGGGAGCACCUCAGCCACUUCUUCCGCAGGCACGUGGCCACCAACCUGGGCAAAUACAUCCCGUUCCUUCCCAGCGAGAAAUCAGACCGAGCCAGCUCUGGCUCCCCAUCAACGGGGGAACAGGAGCUCUCUUUUGUCUUUUAGGCCAGAUGCGGAAAAUUACCUAAAGCGGAUGAGCCGGGCAGAUGAAGGAAACACAUUAAGUCCAUCGCGUUGACUUUAACGCCAGCCCUUUGAACUUCUAGCUCGAUGCCGAAACUUGUAAAGACAUUAAAGCGUAUACACAAUGGGGUCAGCAGACCCGUGUGCCCCGGACGUUAACGGGGGUCACUAGUUAGUCAGUUCACUUGCCGUCCACACAGAAGUUUGCUCGGUUCUUGGAAGAGUUACAUCCAGUGUAAUGUACCCAAGUGUUAGCUAGUCACUAUAUGCAGCUAUGAGCAGGUAAAUCAUUUUACAGUUUAAACCUUAACUUUAGCUAGCUGUUGCAUAAAUGAAACGUAUUUCACAAAAUACAAUAAAUCAGUCGCAAUACUUUUAA